GGGAAAUAUCUCUGCUUGCUUGGGAUGGGUCCACAGCUUCUGCAUCUUCUCCUCUUUUUCUGAACGGCCACUUUUGGGUGUUUGAAAUUACAGGUUCUGUAUUUCUGGUGUUGAACACAAGCACAAGAUGAAGCUCAGGCUGCCAAAGUAGCGGCACCGAGAUAUGAUCAUCCACACAUGAAGAUCUUGGAACCCCAAUAGCUGCGGUGUUGGGAGUCCAACACGUUGGAGAACAGGUACUUAGCAAAAUUCCUCCCAGCUCCAGCUUCUGCAUAAAGACUCUUCAGGAAAGCUCUGAAUAACUGAAGGAAAAAGCUUGUUCUAGAAAUGGAGGAACUGCGGAAUUUUGGAAGCUUUCAAAAUUAAUGACUGAUCAUAUGCCUUAGAACAUUUCCUUUUCCAGACAGUGAGCUCAGAUGCUGCAUAAUGCAGUCCUGCCUUGAGGAGCCAGAGUUGGUGUUGUUCAAAGGAAAGGCUGGCACAAAGUAGAAUUAAUGCAGUUCUCUGGUAAGGUGCUUCCUUCCCCUUAUGGAUUGGUAGUCAUACCAACACACCCAACCAGCAUAAAUCAACCGUACCUCCAGGUAUAGUGGACCUGUACUUCUACUUUUAUGCCUGUGGUUUAGCCUGAAACUUUAAAAUUAUUGCUGUUUUGAAGAGUGGACUUGCCAUUAGUUCCAGUCAUCUGCAAAAGCAUUUUUGCGUGCGACACCACCGAGGGCAAGCAGCUCCCGUUCCUCAUCUGUCCCCUGCUCGCCACCAUCGCCAGCAUGGCCACGGGGGCAGAGUGGAGCUGCCCCAUCUGCCGCGAAGCCUCGACCAACAUCGCCUAUGUGGGCUCCUGCCUGCACCAGUUCUGCCGGGGCUGCAUCGUGCGCUGGGCCAGGAAGAACCCGUCGUGCCCGCUGUGCAGGCAGACCGUGCGCACCAUCCUCCACCCGCUGCCGCCCAACCAGGGCUGCGUGCAGAUAGCUGUGUUGGAGCCCUCGGCGUCGCGGAGCGCCAGCCCCGAGGAGGAGCCGGACGCCGCGGGGCCGGAGCCCCGGCCUCACGUGGCGGGGUUCCCCCCCGAGACCUGGGCAUUCUUCUUCAGGAACCACACCGAGAUCCUGCGGCCGCUGCAGAUGUGGCUGGCCGAGGUGCUGUGCGGCUCCUGCUGGUGGGACGUGGCCUUCGCGCAGGGCAGGAUCGUGGCCAGCCUGUGCCGCUACGGGCUGCGCGAGGAUGCGCUGGCGCGGGAGCUGCAGCCGCUGCUGCGGGGGCAGACGGCCGCCUUCGUCGGGCGGCUCAUCGAGGUGGCCGCCGAGCGCUGCAGCGCGCUGGCGCGGCGCCGCACGGACACGGGUCCCCAGCAGGCCGGCCCCGGUGCUGUCGCCCUCCCGAGCACCAGCGGGGCGCAGGAGGAGAGCCUUGAGGGGCCGGGGCAGGCCGGGGCCGGGACCUGCGGCUCCUGGCAGUCCAGGAGGCGCAGAGGCGGCGGCGCGCAGGACUCCGGAGCCCGCAAGAAGGCGUACCGCCGGCAGAACUAGAGUGCUGUGGCGGCACCGGGAGAAACGGGCCGGGACAGCAGCGGGAAUCUUUCUUUAGCUCAAAGUAAAGAAAUUUUGUAAAGAAGCCAAACCAAAGCAAAACGAAAUAACCAAAAACCCAAAGAAGAAUGUAAAAACCGCGUGAAAAGCCUUAGUCUCUCACUUGCAUGUGGCAUUGCCAGCGCUGUCACCCACCUGCCUUUUCUUCCUCCCGGUGCUGUGCACACCUUUCCCCUGGUGUGUCCUGAAACUCCGACGUUGUCUGCUGUAGCUUGAAGCCCCAGUCCAUCUGUCAGAUGGAUUUGUCAGAUGUGUAUUUGUCAGUUUCUUCAAGAGAUUGUAUUAUUACUGUCUCAAGUCUUACAUCAAGUGUGUGUCUCAGUUUAUUAGCAAAUUGAUGGAAUUCUGGACAAACAGAAUUCUACGGAAUUCUGGACAAAUAGAAUUCUCCGUUGUACUGCUAUUUUAGUUUAGUUUCAGCUAUGUUUGAUGAUAGUUUUUGUGAUCGUGAUCAAGACAUUUAAAUGUGUAUUAAAAUUUAGGCUUGUUCCCGUUUAAAAAUUUUGCAUGAAUUCUUUGUGUAGACAUUCUCUGAGUGUAAAGAAUUAAUUCUUUCUAUCAAGACAUUUACAUAUUGCUAAUAUUCCAGCAAGAGGUCUUUAAUGUUUUUCUUACCUAAAGUAGAAGUCUCUGUGACACACGCUUGAAGUUGAGAUUUUAUUCAAUA